CACAUCUUUAACAAAAUAUGUUAUUAAUAGUUAAUUUAGACUUCCUCGAUUUAUAUUGAGCAUUACGGGAUAUCUCAUGGCUGUCGAAAUGUAAUAACAAUAAAUGUGUAAAAUCACAAUGAAGUAUCGUUAGCUUGGAUUAGAAUUAAGAUGUCGACGCAAACUGUAGAGCCAAAGAAAUAUAUGCAACGGGUAGGAAGACCAACAGGACCAUCGUUGGAUGAUUUCAUUUAUCGCAAAUCAGUGUCCUUGGAUAUUGACAAGAAUGUGAUUUAUAAUGGAGCGUGUAAUGCUGAUGUAACGAAUGCUUUCGCGACAAACAAUGGAUAUUCAUUCACUCCAAGGAGCGAAUUUACGUUUGACCGGAGCAUUACAUGGUACCCUGCUCAUAUGGCCAAGGCAAAGUUGAAUAUUGGAAAGAAGAAACAAGCUGUCGAUUGUAUACUGGAGGUUCGUGAUGCAAGAGCUCCACUAACAUCGUCAAAUUGCUCACUUGUGGAAGAAUAUCCAGAUCACAUCCCCCGAUUGGUAGUUCUUAACAAAAGUGAUUUGGUUCUGCCAAAGGACAUAAAGAGAUCCUGUGAAUUAUUGGAGAAGACUGGGCGUCACGCAGUAGCCUACAGUGCGUUGGGAUUACGACGUAUAACACAAAUCAUUGACUUUGUUACUUCUAAAGUUACUCCGAAAUAUAAGACAUUGGGAGUAUGGAUGAUGGUUGUUGGUUUACCAAAUGUUGGGAAAUCUUCUAUAAUCAACGCUUUAAAACGAUAUUCUUUUUCUCAAAGAUUUCAUUCACGAUAUGGGAUGAUGGAAUCUACUAAUUUAACGAAAGCGAAGGCGACAACUGCGGCUGAAGCAGGAAGUACACGGCACAUGAAUGCAUUCUUUGUAUCUGAGAAACCUAAAUUAUACUGCUUUGACACACCCGGUGUCAUGCUGCCAAAGAUGAAUUGCCCUGAAAUAAAUCUUGUUUUAGCUGCUAUUGGCUGCGUCAAUGAUCAUAGAGCUGGUGUGGAUUACAUCGCUGAUUACAUACUCUAUCGUUUAAAUCGCAACCGUAUGUUCAAAUAUGUGGAUAUAUUGGGAAUGCAAGGUCCGACGGACGACGUAACAGAGAUAAUGGAGCACAUAUCUCAAAUUGCUGAACGAAAAUAUGGUACCAUUGAACCAUCAAAUUGUUAUCGCAUUUUUAUUAACCAGUUCCGGCUAGGACGAUUUGGUCGCAUUUGUAUGGACGACCUUAGUGAUAUAAUGAGACGCGGGGAUUUAUCGGAUUUUGAACUUAGCGAGCCUCCAGGCCCAUUGGGACCAGCUUAUUGGCCGAUUCAUGGCUUAUAAUGUAACU